UUACGCAAACCCAGAAAUCGUCAACGCACCAAUGGUGUAUCUGUUUUAACCUAUAGCUCCGCCCAGAAAUUUUAACCUGUGUAACCAACUCACCUGUCAUUAUUUAGUAAGGACUUUACAGUUGCUACAUACAAUAGUUCUUGGAAUUAUUUUACCAGAAUUUGUCGUUGCUAGGGUAACAAUGUAUGGAUUUUUCAAAUGUCUCAACUGUAACAGCGAGUGGGAAAGUUCGCAUGUUUAUUACGAGGACAAAGAAAGAGGAACGUUCUUGGGACACAACUGUAAGACGUGUAAUACCACGUGUCAGCCAUAUAAAGUGGAGGAGACAACGUGUUCUAGUUGUGGGACAUGCGGGUGUGACAAGACCCAUCAUACCGACCCAAACAAGCCACACAUGUCGGAACUUUGUGACAAAUGUCAGUCAGGAAAUUCAUGUGAAUGACUCACGGACAUUGUCCUGGUACACUGGUGGUUAUGAAUCUUGUAUAUCAUUUUUUUCUUACAUGUAUUCUAUUAUAUGCAAAGAUUCAAACUCAUUAGUGACGACACAAAUGGGUUGGCAGUAGGAUGAUAAAUCAGCAACGUUGUGUGCUGUGUAUUGACAUAAAAUUAUGUAAUAUAUAUUUGAUAAGGUUAUGAAUGCUGAAAAUUAAAUAUUACAAUACUACGA